AAACCUGAAUCACUACAUAGAUCAGCAGGCACUAAUUAAGUCGACUAGUAAGUUAAGUAGCUAGCCCAGAAAUGUAUCCCGCAGCUCCUGACCAUGAGAAAUAUGCAGGUCAUGAUCAUGAUCACCAUAUUCCAGCUGGUCAGGUUCCAGCUAUGAGUCCCCAUGGUGUACCAAGAGUAUAUGCUCCUCCAUACGUAGUCAAUACGGUGCGGUCUACUCGUCAUGUAGGAGGGGAGUGGUCGACUGGUCUUUGCCAUUGUUGUGAUGAUCCUGCAAACUGUCUGAUCACUUUCUUUUGCCCCUGCAUCACAUUCGGCCAGAUUGCUGAGAUAGUGGAGCAAGGUUCCUCAUCUUGUGCUCAACAAGGAACCUGUUAUGGGAUUCUUCUUGCAACUACUGGUCUAGCUUGCUUGUAUUCGUGUUUCUUUCGGUCGAGAUUGAGAGGUCAGUACGACUUGGAAGAAUCACCUUGUGUGGAUUGUCUAGUUCAUUUCUGCUGUGCUACUUGUGCACUUUGUCAAGAAUACAGAGAGCUCAAGAAUCGUGGUUUUGAUAUGGGAAUAGGUUGGGAAGCCAACAUGGAGAGACAGAGGCGAGGAGUUACUCAAGCUCCAGUGGCACCAGGCAUGACAAGAUAAAAGAGAUCGAAGAAGACGAGAAAAAUUAUGCAGAUCUACACUUGUUUGUAAUCUAUAUU